GUGCAGUGCAUCCUCCGGCUUGGCCGAGCUGGGCCCGUCACUUCCUGCCCUAGGAGCCGGCACGACUGAAGCCGAAAUUUUGGGCAGAAGGGGGGGCGGGGACGUUGCGUUGCGUCUGCCACCAACAUGCCCUUUGAUUUCAGGAGGUUUGAUAUCUACAGAAAGGUGCCAAAGGACCUUACUCAGCCAACCUUUACAGGAGCAAUUAUCUCUGUUUGCUGCUGUUUCUUCAUAUUGUUUCUAUUCCUGUCUGAGCUUACUGGAUUCAUAGCCACUGAAAUUGUGAAUGAACUCUAUGUAGAUGAUCCAGACAAAGACAGUGGGGGUAAAAUAGAAGUAAAUUUGAACCUCAGCUUGCCAAGCCUGCACUGUGAAUUGAUUGGAUUAGAUAUUCAAGAUGAAAUGGGAAGACAUGAAGUUGGCCAUAUUGAUAACUCAAUGAAAGUUCCUCUGAAUAAUGGCGAUGGAUGCAGAUUUGAGGGUCAUUUCAGCAUCAACAAGGUUCCAGGGAACUUUCAUGUAUCAACACAUAGUGCCACUGCACAGCCUCAGAAUCCUGAUAUGACCCAUGUCAUCCACAAACUCUCCUUUGGUGACAAGCUGAAGGUCCAGAAUAUUCAUGGAGCAUUCAAUGCACUGGAGGGAACAAACAAACUCAGUUCAAAUCCCCUUGCUUCUCAUGAUUACAUACUGAAGAUUGUUCCUACUGUGUAUGAAGACAUGAGUGGCAAACAGCGGUACUCAUACCAAUAUACUGUAGCCAAUAAGGAAUAUGUAGCAUACAGCCACACAGGACGCAUUAUUCCAGCCAUUUGGUUUCGAUAUGAUUUGAGCCCUAUUACAGUGAAGUACACAGAAAGGCGACAGCCUUUGUACAGAUUUAUCACAACGAUUUGUGCCAUCAUUGGUGGAACAUUUACUGUGGCUGGGAUUCUUGACUCCUGCAUUUUUACAGCCUCUGAAGCCUGGAAAAAGAUCCAACUAGGAAAGAUGCAGUAACAAAGCAAUCUCCAGCCUACUCUUGUGAGAAGAAGUAUAGAAGAAAGAGCCCACAGCUGUUGAUUUUUCUUCGUAUCAUUUCAGUUCACACAAGCUGCUGGAAACAUAAGGGUGCAGAAACAAAUAAACCUCCCAAACAACCAAUCAUAGUCUUUGAAAAUUAGCAUCAUAUGCAAGGGGAUGCGGUUUUAUAUGUACUAUUCUCAUUCAAUGUUUUGGAGGAUAUAUUGUCAUUUAUGUUUUACAAUUAGAUCUGAUAGAUCUCAUUGGUAUUAUUAUGUUUCAAAAUCUCAAAAAGCGACUUCAGGGCAAGUUUUUAGUUCUGUAACUUAGAUUUUAUCCAAGAAUUAUAGAACUGAACAAUCAUACAGUACAAGUAGUCUUUGACUUACAGCCAGUUGUUUGGCAACUGCUUGAACUUACAACAGACCUACCCUGGAACUACUUAUGACCCAUAUUCAAAGUUCCAGUGAUAGGGUCCCCCCUGCAAACACGUGACUAAACUUCGGGCGCUUGGUGGCAUGGCCGCAUUUGCAGCAUCCACUGUCACAUGACUGCAUUUAUGAUGAUUUGUCCAAAACCUGGAAGUUACUUUCAAUUUUUGGCAAAACCAUAUUGAGGGUGAACCAUUGGUUUGCUUAAUGACCAUGGUGUUGUCUUAUUGACCACAAUGGCCGCUUUAUGACCAAAUCAUUUGUUUUACGACUCAUGAUUUAUGAUCGUGAUGACCAGGCUCCAUUAUCAUUGUAACUCAAGGACUAGCUGCACUGUUUUUACUGAACAAUAACAUUGAUUUCAAUAACAUUUUGUUGUUGUU